GGGGCUCGCACUCGCACUUCGGCUUGUUGCGAAUGCGUUUACAUGGCAAAAAGCAAAUCGCAGCCGCCGCCACAAAUUCAUUCAAUGGUCAGCUGUGCGACUGUAAAGCGGUUUUCACGGCAAAACGCAAAAACACGAAAACGCCAAAAAACAACAAAAAAAAAUAUAUAUCGCGUAACGCGCGCCUCGAUCGAACGAAAAAUUGUAACGAAACUUUGCCGCAAUUUUGCGCUCGUGUGAAAUGUGCUAAUUACAAGUUUUUCAAAUUUUUUACACAAAUACAAAAAAAAUUUAUUUAAAAAUUAGAAACAAAUAAAAAUGCUUUUAAGCAAUCAGCCGGCGAAUGCCAAGCCGCCGUCGCCAACAGCGCCGCAAAGUUUCAAAGCCAAGUUGCAGCAACAAAUCGCAACAGCAGCAGCUGCAGCUGCCGCAGCGGCAGCAGCAACAACUAUUGCCAAUGGCCACAGCAACAACAACAACAACAACCAUCAUCAUCAGCAACAACAACAACAACAGCAACAUCAUCAUCACCAUCAUCUGAACAAUCAUCAUCAUCAUCAGCAUAAUAUUUCCUUUGCCACGGAUUUCUCAAUUGCCGCGAUUAUGGCGCGCGGCGGAAACGCCUCGAGCAGCCGCGAGCCAUCCGAAAGGAGUCUGAGUCCAUUGUCUGUGGAGCGCUACUCGACGCAGGAUGCGGACGAUGAUGUUGACGUUGACGUGGUUGACUGCAGCGACAGCGAAGCGCCAACGGCGGCAGCAGCAGCAGCAGCAGCUGCCGCAGCGGCGGCGACGGCAGCGGCGACAGCAGCAGCAGCAGCAGCCGCGCAGCAGCAUGCGCGUCAUGCAUUGCGUGUUGCACAACAGCAGCAGCAGCAGCAGCAGCAGCAGCGGCAGCAGUCGCAUGCAACAGCCAACAAGCAGCGGCAACAACAACAACAACAACACAAUCAGCCACACAACAACAACAACAACAACAACAACAGCAACAAUCACAGCAAAUCGAGCAGCCAUCGAGGGCGUGCCACGGCCACACCAAGUGCUGCCGCUGCCUCGGCUGUGGCAGGCAGCACGCCCUCGCCCCCGCCUCCGUCUCGCGCCGCGCCGAGCCCCAGCGAAGAUGAGCGCCUGUCGCCCGAGGAGCCCGCGCAGCUGCCGACGCCGAAAAUUCUUGGCACAUGCAAUUGCGAUGAUCUCAUGCCCGUGCAAUGCCAUCUGGAGACUAAGGAGCUGUGGGAUAAAUUUCACGAGCUCGGCACCGAAAUGAUCAUCACCAAAACGGGCAGGCGCAUGUUCCCCACGGUGCGUGUGAGUUUCUCGGGCCCGCUGCGUCAAAUCCAACCGCCGGAUCGCUAUGCCGUCCUCCUGGACAUUGUGCCGCUGGACUCGAGAAGGUAUCGGUAUGCGUAUCAUCGCAGCUCCUGGCUGGUCGCCGGCAAGGCGGAUCCGCCGCCUCCGGCACGCAUCUAUGCGCAUCCCGACAGCCCCCUGAGCCCGGAGGCGUUGCGCAAACAAGUCGUCUCCUUCGAGAAGGUGAAGCUGACAAAUAACGAAAUGGAUAAGAGCGGACAGGUCGUGCUGAAUUCGAUGCAUCGAUAUCAGCCACGCAUUCAUCUGGUGCGUCUAAGCCAUGGCCAAAGCAUACCCGGCAAUCCCAAGGAGCUGCAGGAUAUGGAUCAUAAAACCUUCGUGUUCCCGGAGACUGUAUUCACGGCCGUGACGGCCUAUCAGAAUCAAUUGAUUACAAAAUUGAAAAUCGAUUCGAAUCCGUUCGCCAAAGGAUUUCGCGAUUCGUCGCGUCUGACUGAUUUUGAUAGAGAUCCCAUGGAUUCGUUCUUUUUCGAUCAGCACAUGCGCGCCGCACCGCUGCGCUUCUUUCCGGACCCGCUGAUGGCGCAACUGACGCCGCAGGAGGCGGACGCCGCCUCGUUGGCGCUGCUGGAGAAGGCGCGCCAGCAUUUGCAGAUGUUUGGCCGUUCGCCGUAUACGGAAAUGUUGCUGCCGCAUUUGUAUCAGCGCGCCGCGCCGCCCGCACCGCCGCCGCCGCCCACAACGCUGGGCGCCUUUCAGCUGGGCAUGUGGCAGCAACAGUGGCCGCAGCUGACCGCCGGCUUUUUGGCCAGCGCCAAUCAGCAGGCGGCUUUUGCGGCCGCGGCAGCCGCGGCAGCUGGGGCAAGUCGCACGCCGCCGCCGCCGCAGCAGCAGCAGCAGCAGUCGUUGUUGCAUGCACCGCCAGCGCCAGGCACGCCCACAUCAUCAUGCGGCUCAGCGUCGCCGGAUUUGCGGAUCAAGACGCAGCUGGGCCACUAUCCGCAGCGCUUCAGUCCGUAUCAAGUGCCGCAGCAGCAGCCGCAGGCCGCCUCCUCGCCGGCGCCCUCGAUGCGCGCGGAGAGUCCCUAAGUGCCGCCGCGCGGCCCUCGUCGAGGGGGACAAUAAAAUAAAUAAUCAAAUAAACUACACGAAAUGUAUGUGCAAUGAUCGAAAAAUGUUUGUAAAUAACCCCCGCAUCCCUGCCCACACACACACACUUCACACUCAAAGCUGUGUAGCUAAACAUGUUGCAGCAACAUGUGGCAGACACUCAACUUAGCAGCUCGUUUAUGCAACGCAGCUGAGACGUGUCUAGAAAUUUAUUGGAAU